AUGUCGACGGAAGCAAAAGCAUCGUCGGAUUCAGAUUCCUUCAAACCGUACACCCUUUCCCAAACCCUAACUGGACAUAAGCGCGCCAUCUCCGCCGUCAAAUUCUCCUCCAACGGCCGCCUCCUUGCCUCCUCCUCCGCCGAUAAGACUCUCCGCACCUACGGCUUCACCAACUCCGACUCCGACUCUGACAGCCUAUCUCUCUCCCCGAUGCAGGAGUACUCGGGGCACGAGCAGGGCGUGUCGGACCUCGCCUUCUCCUCUGACUCCCGCUUCCUGGUCUCCGCGUCCGACGACAAGACCCUCCGCCUCUGGGACGUGCCGACAGGUUCGCUUAUAAAGACGCUGCAGGGCCACACCAACUACGUCUUCUGCGUCAACUUCAACCCUCAGUCCAACGUCAUCGUCUCCGGCUCCUUCGACGAGACCGUUAGGGUUUGGGACGUCAAGUCCGGCAAGUGCCUCAAGGUCCUCCCCGCCCACUCUGACCCCGUCACCGCCGUAGACUUCAACCGCGAUGGCACCCUCAUCGUCUCCAGCAGCUACGACGGCCUCUGCCGAAUCUGGGAUGCCUCCACCGGCCACUGCGUCAAGACCCUCAUCGACGACGAGAACCCUCCCGUCUCCUUUGUCAAGUUUUCCCCCAACGCCAAGUUCAUCCUCGUUGGCACCCUGGACAACACUCUCAGGCUCUGGAACUAUUCAACUGGGAAGUUUCUGAAGACUUACACCGGUCACGUUAAUUCCAAAUUCUGCAUUUCAUCCACUUUUUCUAUAACAAAUGGAAAGUAUGUUGUUGGUGGUUCAGAAGAUAACUGUAUAUACUUGUGGGAACUGCAGUCAAGGAAAAUAGUACAGAAAUUAGAAGGCCAUUCUGAUACUGUUGUUUCUGUGUCAUGUCACCCCACAGAGAACAUGAUUGCUUCUGGUGCACUUGGCAAUGACAAAACUGUUAAGAUAUGGACUCAGCAAAAAGACUGA